AAGACUGAAAUUAUCACCAUGGAAUGUAAAGUGAUACUGAUCCAGUUUGUACUUCUGCUGGUCUCUUUACAUCUAUUCAAGGCAGAAGAAGAAGCAGAAACAGACAUUUUUCCAUUUGUACGCUCACCUUUCCACCAUGUCGACUGGUUAGGAAAACGAUAUGAAUCAACUAUUCACGCUACUGAUCGAUUUUUUGCACAUAAGGAUGCAAUAAUCCUUGGAAAGGCAAUAAAUUCCAAUCGCGACGUCACUGGAACCUUGUUGAGUAUUUUGACUGCUCGAACUAAUCUUGAACGUCAACAGAUCAAGAAAACUUAUCAAUCGAUAUACAGAAAGUCCCUGCCCGAUGCGAUUGCACGAAGAACAAAUAAACAAUUCGCUAAUCUUAUGGAUGAUUUGCUUACUAAUACACCUGAACUACUUGUUAAGGAAUAUUUGAAAGCAUUGAAGUCAUCUGAUGUGCGAUUAGUCACAACUAUCUUAAAUGAUUUCUGGAAUGAAGAAUACAAAGCAUUUGUCAAUGCCUAUACACCAUACGCCAAUCGAACAUUUUGGGAUGAUUUAAGAGAUAAUUAUGGUAUAUUUAUCAAACAAAUCCUCUAUCGUAUCGUUGAUACGAGACUAGUAGAACCUGAAUGGACUUCUGAGAUAAAAGGACAAGGCAGAAAACCAAAAUUGGAUGAAGAGUCAGCCGUGAAAAAGGCAGAGGAAUUCGAAGACAGCAAGACUUAUGGGGAGGAUUAUGGAGAUGUACUUGGUUUCAAAAUGAGUGACAUUGAUCCUUUCCAGUUGAGAUUAAUAAUCCAAACAUAUAGUCAGAAAUACAACCAAGAUCUCAGGGGAGACAUUGUAACAGGAACGUCUGGUCGAAUUCGUGACUUACUUCUAGCACUGUAUGAUUACGCAACAGACAAACCUUCAUUAAUGGCCGAUAUCUUACACGAUGCCUUCGAAAAUCGAAAUACAGAUGACAGAGGAUUCCAGCGUUGGUUGAUUCUUCGUUCUGAGAUUGAUUUGCGCUCCGUUGAUAAAAAAUACGAACAGAAAUACAAAAGAUCUUUAUCUGAUAAUGUUAAACAAAUGUCUACUGGUGACUAUAGAAAGGCUUUAUUAGCAAUUCUACAAGGAAACGGGAAUGUCAUCACAGAUUAUCAUAAUCCAAAGUGAAAAGUGAUUAUGACUUUCGUUAACACACAUAUUCAUAACUUUGAUACAGUCAUUCCUUAGAUGUAGUCAGCUUUGCAAAUAAAUAAAUAAAUAAAUAAUUUUC